CCAUUCUGCGCUGCGCUGCGCGGGCGUUGCGCGGGGCUUUGCGCUCCGCUCCCUGCACCGCUCCGCUCUCUGCGUGCGGCCGCUGCGCGGAAAGUGAGCGGAGCAGCGCGGAGCAGCGCGGAGCGGGGCCGCCAUGGCGUGGCCCUGCAUCACCCGCGCCUGCUGCAUCGCCCGCUUUUGGAACCAGCUGGAUAAAGCCGAUAUCGCCGUCCCUUUGGUUUUCACCAAAUAUUCCGAAGCCACCGAGCAGCCCCUCCCCGCGCAAAUCCCGCGCAGCGCGGCGGCGCCCAUCGAUACCCAACCCGGGGGCGAUGCCGCGGCUGCGGGCGGGGGGGACGCGGCUCCCGGCCCCGCACGGCCCGGAACGGCCCCGCACGGCUCUCCGCCCGCGGACUCGGUGAUGCGGCACGACUACAAACCCUGGAAGGUGCAGCGCCCCGAGCCCAGCUGCAAACCCAAAAGCGAGUACCAGCCGUCCGAUACGCCCUUCGAGAAGGAGACGCAGUACCAAAAGGAUUUCCGCGCUUGGCCCAUCCCUAAAAGAGGGGACCACCCGUGGAUCCCCAAAGCGGGUCCUUCCCCUAUGCUCGUCCCUGAGCGCGGAUCUCCCGAGAAAGCGGCUCAGGAGAAAAGGAGGAAGAAGGAGGAGGAGGCGGAGGCGGACGAGGAGCAUCCCAAGGCGGCCCGGCCCGGGGAUGGCCGAGAGAAGGGGCGGCAGAGGGGCGACGAGGCGGGCGGGCAGGAGGGCCGGGGCCGGGCGGCCGCCGAUGCUCUCAACCGGCAGAUCAAGGAGGAGGUGGUGGCGGCGGGGGUCAGCUCGUCCUACAGAAAUGAGUUCAGACCUUGGAUAGACGUCAAGCCCGUGAAGGCUAUAAAAGCGAAGGCCCAGUACAAGCCUCCAGAGGAGAAAAUGACCCACGAAACCAGUUACAGCGCUCAGUUCAAGGGGGAAACCAGUAAGCCUGCUCCAGCUGAUAACAAAUUCCUGGAGCGCAGAAGGAUACGCACUCUCUACAGCGAACCUUACAAAGAACCUCCAAAGGUUGAAAAGCCUAGCGUAAAGCCUUCCAAACCAAAAAAGACCACAACAAGCCAUAAACCCUUGAAAAAGGCCAAAGACAAGCAGAUUGCAUCUGGACGGGCUGCCAAGAAAAAGAGCGCCGAGACCUCCAACACAGCAAAGCCAGAGGACAAGGAGAAAAGUAAAGAGAUGAACAAUAAACUGGCUGAGGCAAAAGAGACCCCUGAAAAAAUCACUGGUGCUACAGACCAAGAACCAAGUACCUUAGUGCAGGAGCAAUGCACAUGAAGUUGAGCAGUUUCUUCCGAGUGGCGGUUGGAGCAAACGUAUAGUCUGCAUGAAAUGUGUAUCGUCUGGUUGGCAUACAAUAAACCUGAUGAGCAGAGUUGAAUGAUAAUUUCUCUUGUCUCUCAAAUACCGAGAAAUUACCAGGAUCUGUAUAAUGCAGUUAGCAUGACUGUGCCUUGAUUUAUAC